GACUAUAAUGUGCCCCAGCGCUCCCGAACGGAGCCUGCAAAGGGCGGAUUCAUGACUGUAGUAAUGAGACAACGUCAAGAGGAAACGGAAGAUGAAGGCGUAGAAAACAACAUUUAUGGACAAACUCUGCGUGGAUCGAAGCAAUGUACACACACAACGCAGGCGGAACAGGACGAAAUCGAUGAGAAGGCAAGGAAAAAGGCUAUGAAGAACCUCGUCGACUCAUGGCAGGAGCGACUUCAACUGAUCAGCGUCAUUACAACUUUCUUCGCGUCCGUGGAAGCGGGGAUGCUAGUGAACACCCGCCCAGUUUCCAGCGACGACCAAGGGAACGGCCUUCUUAAGGCAUCCAACGCUAGCCUCCUCGGCGCCCUCAUCAUGCAUGUCUAUGCUGCUGGUCUCUCUUUUCUCGCAGCGUUUCUCCUAAUACGCUACAAACUUAAGGAGGCUACUCGCCAGGAACUCAUUGCCGAGGGUGUUAAAGUAGCGACGUCACCUCUCGGGGGUUCCCUACGCGUUAGAAAUAAGGAGAAUGACAUUGAAUCUAUAGACGGUCGACGGGCCUUCACUAUAGCCGAAGAACAGCCAACCAAAACGCCCGUGCAGGCUCGCCAACCCACGCUGCCUCUCUCGUCCUCUAUGGGGUCCAUACCUGAGCCACCGAUACUAGCUCGCAAUCCCCACCUCGAGCAGGUUGGCUUGUUUUGGUUCCGAAACGUUUCCUCCCACUUGCUCAGCAAGUUUCAUACGCUCUGCAUCACCCUCGCUGUCAUCGGGUUCAUACUUGCAACCGCAGGGAUCGUCUUGUACGCUUGGGCGAUACAACCCCGAGAGGUGUACAUAUUUGCGACCGCAUGCCUGGCCGCAGCUGUACUAGCAAUGGGAACCCUGGCGAUGUGA